AUGUCAGUUCAAACAGAAACAAACAACAGUCCAGUGAAUGAUAUGGAUCUGUUAGCAUCAGAGAAAGCAAAGGAUUAUGUACUGUCCAAUUGCGGUGGUCCAAAAGGUAUCACUUUUUCGGGUGAAACCUUUGUUGUACCAGAAACUCACGACAUGGUAAAGACUUUGUUUGAUCCAUCAAUACGUAAAUCGAAUUUGGAAUUAGUCAUUUUGACCUGUCUAUGUGCCAACUUGCUUGUGUUUUUGAUCCCACUGAAUAAAGCACGCAUUGUGGUGUUUAUUGGAUUAUACAUUUUUUGGAGGUUAUCUUACAAUUUUGGAAUUGGAUGGUUGUUGCAACAACAAUCAAACCACAACAGGUUGGUCUCUUGGGCCAAAGAUGGUAAAUUAUUUGAUACCAAGAAUGAUCUGUUUUGUGCUAAAUUGGUUCAAAAUGAAGUCAAGUCUCAACGUGGUAAAAAUUAUGUCAUUUCAUCAUUACCUAUUGAGUUCAACACUUGGCUUGUGUUUAGGAAAUUUGUUGAUUUAAUUUUGAUGUCAGAUUUUGUUACAUUUUGUUGUGUUGUAUACACAUGUGCUGUGGCCAAUGCUGACGAGUUUUCUAAUACUUGGACUGUAUAUUUGAGAAUAGUCGUUGGGUUUAGUUUGAUAUUGUUUAACUUGUGGGUUAAAGUCAAUGCCCACAAUACAAUCAAAGAUUAUGCCUGGUAUUGGGGUGAUUUCUUUUUCAGACAGAUCAACAAUGAAGAAUUGAUUUUCGAUGGGGUUUUUGAAAUGGUACCGCAUCCAAUGUACUCUGUCGGAUACGUGGGAUAUUAUGGUUUUGCCUUGAUUGCCAAGUCAUAUACGGUAUUGGCAAUUGCAAUUUUUGGUCAUUUUUUGCAAAUGAUUUUCCUUCAUUAUAUUGAAAACCCUCAUAUCGAUAAGAUCUAUGGUCCAUCCAAAAACGAAAUUAACCUUAUCAAGAUUGUCAAGUUGAAAGAUUUAAAACACUUUGAAAAUAUGCCUCCGUUGGUUGGAUUCUACAAUUUCAAUUGGAUGAGAGCAAGUGAUGUCUUGAAUUUGAUAUUAAUUGUCACAUAUGGAGUUGUGAUUCCAAUCUUAUCCAAAAGCUCAUACAAGUUGUUUUUUGCUUUAACUGUAGGGACAAAGUUGUUUGAAAGUUUAUUUAUCAAUACCAUGUUGAUUUUACAAAGUUACUCCAAAUACUUUACCAAAUGGUGUCUUUCAAAUGAUGUUCCAGUGGAGAAAUCAUUGAACAAUUGGGCAAUUUUGUACAAUUCUUUGAUCAAUUUGACUUAUUCGUCUUUAUUUGGUAUGAAUUUAGCGCAUGUUCUUCAAGGAACCACUGAGGUACUUUUCCACGAUUUUUUCUACUUGAGAGUGUUUGUUGGUUGUUUAUUGAUUGUGACACAAACUUGGAUCAAUGCAUCAAUCAUUGAUCUGAUUGGUUACUUUGGCUACUUUUAUGGUGAUUUCUUUAUUCCUAAAUCGCAACACUUAACCAAGGCUGGUGUUUACCGUUACUUGAACAAUCCAGAACAAAUCUUUGGUGUUUGUGGAGUCAUGGGUGUGUUUAUCAUUUGGCCAACUUACGAAAACAUUGUCUGUUGUAUCUUGUGGGUUGCCAACAAUUUUAUUCGAAUCAACUUUAUUGAAAAAUCGCAUAUGUUGAGAGUAUAUGGCGAACAAGAAGUGAAUCAAGAUUCAGGGGUUACGAAAACGUUUAAAAAACAUUUGAUUCCUGAUGUAAUUCAAAGAAGAAUUAGUAAUGAUGAGCCAAUGAGGAGAAGAAGAAGCAAUCCUGGAUUAGGUAUUGCUGAAUCAUUUGAAAACUUUAUCAAAGACUUGCAAAACUCCAAGGUUAAAUUAUCAAAGCAAAAAUUGAUUGAGUUAUCACAAAAUUUAUCAUUUGCCAAUUCUGAUUAUAAAUUGACACUUCCCGGCUUAAAUGUUGACCCAGCAACCAACUCCAAAUUUAUAACCAUUGGAACGCCAAUCAAAGUCAAUUGGCAAUCUCCGGCUGCUACUCACUCUUCAAAGGACUGGAUUGGUUUAUACAAGAUUCUGCAAACUACAUAUUCAAGAAACAAAACCUUGCUUUCGUCAUCUGGUAGAUGGACCAAUUGUGCAACUGCUAAUGGAUCAUUCACUUUCAUUAAAGAUAAAUUGUUUUGGGAACAAGGGGUUUAUGAAGUCAGAUACCAUUUAGAUGGUGGACAUGAUGUGGCUUAUAUUUCCGAACCGUUUGAAAUUAAACCUCAACAUAUUGAUGUGCCUAGUGACGAAUCACAAUUGGAUGGAUUUGCUGCAAAGUUGAAGACGGAAAUCUUUGAUAAAGUGUUUGAUAUUGAUUCAAUCGAUACUUCGAUACAAUCAGUAGCGACACAGUUGGAUACCAAUGUAUUGGAGUUGUACAACAUAUUGAGCGUAAUUGUAUCUCAAGCUACCAAUACUCGUAUUAGCUCCAAAGUUUUCCUCAAUCAAGAAAACAUUACUAUAAGGGAUGUGGCUAGGAAAUUGUAUGGCAUUAAUCAGAUUCUCAAUGAUUUGUCAUAUGACUUGACUGUCAAAAAGGAUCAAUAA